AUGUAUAACAAGGACUUCUCAGAAAAAUCUAGUCUAGCAGUGUAUGUGAGAGUACAUAUAAAGGAGAAGCCAUACAAAUGUGAGCUUUGUAACAAGAACUUUUCGCUUAGAGCUAAUCUAGUGAGUCAUAUGAGAUUACGCACAGAGGAGAAGCCAUACUGCGAGAUUUGCAAUAAGGCCUUUUCUGCAAGAGGUAACUUUAGAGUACACACCAAGGAGAACCCAUACUGUGAAUUUUUUAACAAGGACUUCACACAGAAAUCUAGUUUAACAAAGCAUAUGAGAGUACUCACAAAGGAGAAGUCAUACAGCUGUGAGAUUUGCAACAAGGUCUUCUCUGAGAAAAGUCAUGUAGUAAGUCAUAUGAAAGUACAUACAAAAGAGUAG